UGUUAUUAUUAUAAACCUAAAGACAAUUUGUGUUCAUCUAUUUUAAUUUACAAUAAUGGCAGUUUCAUGUUGGUCUAAUGUCUGCUGAUGGAAUACGGCUGAGAUAAGGCUUUUAUUAGUAUUAGGUUUUUCUUCUCUGUAUGUCAGAUCCUUUUUCCUGCCGCUGGGCAGGAACACUUGAUAAGUGAUCAAAAAUAUGCAAAAGUUCAGACGUUAGUAGCCAAUAGGAUUGUGUUGAUAAAACUUCAUGUGGUGAUUGGUGACUCGAAGGCCAACAGGACAGUUGGACCAGAUUUAAAAAGGCACCAGUGUUACACCAGGAGGUCAGUCAUUGACAAAGAUGGGUGGCAUAACAUGUCUUCUCCUUUUGCUGUGGGCCGGUGUUACAGUGAGCACAGGGCUGGAUCUGCAGAAGAGAAUCAUUGGAGGUCAAACAUGUGGAAAAGAUGACCGUCUGUACCAUGUUGAACUGACAAUAACUCAUCCUAAUGGAAUGUUCCACUGCGGCGGUACUCUGAUAAAAAAACUGUGGAUUCUGACUGCAGAACACUGCAGGGAGAAGGGAGGGACUAUAACAGCACAUGUAGGUGUGCAUCCAGGAACCAACAAACAAUCAGUGCAAAUCAUCACACCACCUGAGAUCUUUACAGACACCAACGGAGACAUUCAUGACAUCAUGCUGCUGAAGCUACCUGAACCACCUAACAUUACACCUGUACAACUUCCUGACUGUGAAAAUGUUCCAAAAAUAGGUGAUACCGUUCAGAUGGCUGGUCAUAGCUAUACCGAUGAAAUACAACUUAAAAGAUCAACUACUCUCCAAUGUGUUGACACCACGGUUGUCAACUGUGUAGCUGGGUUUUCUCUCGCCCAUCAAGACGUGUUCUGUGGCAAAAGAGCUAGAGUGGAUGCUUGUCCAGGUGACUCUGGUUCAGGAGUGGUGUACAAUGGCAGGAUUUAUGGUGUCAUUUCCUCUGGUGCAUGCACUAACCAAGGAACACAAGUUGAAUUUAUGGAUGUCUGUAAUAAGGAUUACAUGGACUGGAUCAAUCGAAUAGUAGCAACAUAGAUAUGUCUAAUUUGUGGUUAUUGUAAAAUGUCCUGUCAUUCAAGAGACAUUUCCCGUGUUAAGAAAAUUGUUAAAAAUUGUUACGUUAUUAUAAUUUUUUUUGGAUUGCAUUAAAUGUUUGACUAUCAUUUAUAAAGCCCUUAAAGUCAAACAAUAAUUAUGAUUCUCUCACUGUAGUUGCUAUCAGACUGUUGUUAUCUAUAUACAGUUUUUAAAUAGCAUUUUCUCCUUUUUCAAUCAAAAUGUAUAAAAACAUAAUUGUACAUUUGCCCUUUUAUCAAUUCAGCAGAUUAAGCAUGCUGUAAUCAUUGUAUGGAAAAGUAACAAAUGGCCAUUAUAUAUAUAUACAAAUAAAACAGUCAAUUAUUUUAAAAAUACUUUAACCAAUUAUAAUCAAUGUGUCUACCUUGACCAUGUUGUCAGUUAAAAAUAAAUGGAGAUGACAAAAAUCA